AUGUAUGAAGCAAAACCCUUUGAUGAAAUUACUGUGAGACCUAACGAGAAAAGAAGGGUCGCUUAUUUCUACGACGCUGAUGUUGGUAACUAUGCUUACGGUGCAGGACAUCCAAUGAAACCACACAGAAUAAGAAUGGCGCAUUCCCUUAUUAUGAAUUACGGUCUGUAUAAAAAAAUGGAAAUCUAUAGAGCAAAACCUGCCACUAAACAGGAAAUGUGCCAAUUUCAUACUGAUGAGUAUAUCGACUUUUUAUCUCGAGUAACUCCUGAUAACUUGGAAAUGUUCAAAAAGGAAAGUGUAAAGUUCAAUGUUGGUGAUGAUUGUCCCGUUUUUGAUGGAUUAUAUGAAUAUUGUAGCAUAUCGGGCGGCGGAUCUAUGGAAGGCGCAGCAAGGUUGAACAGAGGAAAAUGUGAUAUAGCUAUUAACUAUGCAGGAGGUCUUCACCAUGCUAAGAAGGCAGAAGCAUCAGGGUUCUGUUACCUCAAUGAUAUAGUACUGGGGAUAAUAGAAUUACUGAGGUAUCACCCAAGAGUUUUAUAUAUUGAUAUUGACGUUCAUCAUGGAGAUGGUGUCGAGGAAGCAUUUUACACAAGUGAUAGGGUAAUGACCUGCUCAUUCCAUAAAUAUGGUGAAUUUUUUCCCGGAACAGGAGAACUGAGGGACACUGGGGUCGCAAAGGGGAAGUAUUACUCCGUUAAUGUCCCUCUUAGAGACGGAAUAGACGAUGCUACAUUUAGAAAUCUUUUUGAACCUGUUAUCGGAAAAAUCAUGGAGUGGUACCAGCCAGCUGCAGUAGUUCUUCAAUGUGGUGGUGAUUCUUUGUCAGGGGAUAGACUUGGCUGCUUCAAUCUUUCUAUGCGAGGACAUGCAAACUGUGUCAACUAUGUGAAAUCCUUCGGAAUACCGUUGAUGGUUGUUGGUGGAGGAGGUUACACAAUGAGAAAUGUCGCCAGAACAUGGUGUUUUGAAACUGGGCUUCUUAAUAACGUUAUUUUGGAUUCAGAGUUGCCUUACAACGAUUAUUACGAGUACUACGGGCCAGAUUACAAGCUUGAUGUCAGACCAUCUAACAUGUUCAACGUCAAUACAUCUGAAUAUUUGGAAAAAGUUCUGUCAUCUGUUAUUGAAAAUUUAGAGAAUACGAAAUAUGCUCCAAGUGUUCAAAUGAAUGAAGUUCCACGCGAUCCUGAAGAUUUGGGUGAUGUAGAAGAGGACACGGCAGAAGCAAUUGACACUAAAGGAGGAUCACAGUAUGCAAGAGAUCAGCUGAUUGAGAAGCAAAAUGAAUUUUACUAA